AUGGCAAAGAGAAAAUAUGUAGAUGGACCAGCAAUGUCGACCGAUAACAGUGAUGUCGAGUCGUCAUUGGAGCCUGAAUUCAAGGUGUUGUUGAUCAAUAGAGGCGAUGCCGAGUCAUCACCAAGGGCUGAAUAUGAGGUGUUCUUGAAUUUCAGAGGGCUCGAUACUUGCUUGAACUUUAUAGACUGUCUCUAUCACGCCAUGGACGGAGCUGGUAUUCGUGUUUUUAGAGACGAUGAAGAGAUUAGAAAAGGUGAAGCGAUCGAAGGCAAAUUGGAGCGUGCGAUCAAGAUCUCCACAAUCUGUAUUUCCAUCUUCUCUAAAAAUUAUACGUCCAGUGUGUGGUGUCUUCGUGAGCUUGCAUACAUGAUGGAUUGCAAAGCGAUGAUUCUGCCAAUUUUCUUUGAUGUGGAACCGAGAGAUGUCAAGCUUAAAUCUGAGCUGUACCAGGACGCUCUACAAAAGCAUGAAGAGAAAUUGGGUUGUGAGGUGGUGCAGCGAUGGAAGGAUACUCUGAAGCAAGUCGCUCAUAUGAAAGGAUGGAUCUCAAAGAUACCGGGUAAGGUUUGA